AUGGCGGCGUCGGCCCGCUGGGUGCUGUGCCUGUGCCUGGGAUGGGGCUGCCUGUCCCUGGCUCUGGAAGACGCGCUGCGGCCGCGCCGUCUCGGGCUGCGGCGCCGGGCUGCGCCGGGGGCCGUGCGGGGCGGCCGCGCCCGGGCGGCCGCAGGUGACGACGGCCCGGGGCAGCGGCGCUCCGGGCGGCCGCCGGCGGCGGACAGAGUGGCGGAGCACAUGUUGAGGCUCUACGAGCAGUACCGGGGCGGCCGGGACCCGCCGGCACCAGCCGGGCCCUGGCUCCGUCGGGGCAACACGGUGCGCGGCUUCCGCCCGCUGCCGGCAGGGAGCCCCGAAGGCCAGGAGAUGUACAUUUUUAACUUGACAUCACUCACAGAGUCUGAAAAUGUCUUGUCAGCUUCGGUGUAUUAUUAUAUUGGUGAUCUGCUGCACGCGAAGUGGAACUGUUCCCAGUCCCGUGGCUGUUCUCAUCACAGGCACAGGAACCCUGAAAUUCAGAUAGGUCUUUCAGUUUGGACCUUUGCUUCAGCUGGGAACCCGACUCGAAGCCUGGGACAUUUCCUCAUAAACGUCUCCUCGGCUUACCAGGAUACCCUUUCCUGGCAGUGGCAGGAUAUCACUCAGCUCCUGCAUGAAGCAAAGCAAAACAACGAACUGCUGCUCAGUGUUAAAAUGAAUCUGACCAGCCAUCAUCCCUGGGAAAGAGCACCUUCCUCCUACGAGCCCUACAUCCUGAUUUACGCCAAUGAUUCUGCUAUCUCAGAGCCAGAGAGCGUUGUCUCUACUUUGCGAGGACACCUUCAUCCUCUGGCGAGGGUCCUUCCCAAGCCAGAAGGCCACACGAGGGGCAGCAGCAUCCCUAAUGGCCGCAGAAAACGCUCGGUAAACGUCCUGUUGCCAUUGCAGAACAACGAGCUCCCGGGAGCCAAGUACCAGUACGGUGAGGACGAGAGCUGGGAAGGCAGGAAACCCUACAAGACCUUCCAGCCGCAGCUAGCAGACAGGGCCAGGAGUAAGAAAAAGCAAAGGAAGAAUCACCUCCAGAAGACCCAGACUCUGCAGUUUGAUGAGCAAACGCUGAGGAAGGCGAGGAGGAAGCAGUGGAACGAGCCAAGGUAUUGCGCCCGGCGCUACCUCAAGGUGGAUUUUGCAGACAUCGGCUGGAGCGAGUGGAUUAUUUCCCCUAAGUCCUUCGAUGCCUAUUACUGCUCAGGAGAAUGUCAAUUCCCAAUUCCAAAGGCCAUGAAGCCAUCCAACCACGCCACCAUCCAGAGCAUUGUGAGAGCGGUCGGAGUCAUCCCGGGCAUUCCCGAGCCUUGCUGCGUUCCUGACAAAAUGUCCUCUCUCAGUAUCUUAUUCUUUGACGAGAACAAAAACGUGGUUCUGAAGGUGUACCCCAACAUGACAGUGGAGUCCUGUGCGUGCAGAUAACGCCUUGGGAGGCCUUUUGGCAAUGCCAGGGCGAUCACUUGCUGUUUGGGGAAGGGGGUGGGCAGGAGUCUCAUCACACCUACUUUGUGUUUGCACUGCCAAUGCAUUUCCUUUGGACGAAAUAGAGAACAUGUAAAGAAAUCUAAUCAAGGAGAAUGGGAACAGAAUGGAUUCCAAGUACUGAUUCCAAGGAAAGGUAAUACAAACUUCAUUUGUGUGUGAUUCUGACCGAGACGCAAGGCUUGGGAAUGGGACCUGACUGUACCUGUUGAAAGUGGGAGAUGUGAGUAGAAUCUGCAGAGACUUUUUGGGACUUUGGCUCUCGAAGGACAUAGUGAUCUGUAUUUGUACAACAUUUUGGAAGCAGCAGAAGCUGGUAAUUCUCGUCUCUGUUCUAAUGGUGACUAAUGGCACGGGGAGGUUAGAAAUGUAAUAGUCUUCAUUUUAAGGAUGAGUUUCUUGCCUUAGGUUUUAGAGCAGUACAGCAAGGCAGGCAAAACAAAGCUGACAUCCUAAGAGCUGUAGAUAACCCUACUUGACCACGCAUCUCCUCGGUACAAGGCUGCCCACCUGGUGUGCGAGUUUCUUCUCACUGACACCUACUCUGUAACUCAGCUCGGCGGCCCUGGGCAGAGGAGCUCAGAACGGGACCGAUGCCGAGUGCAUCACUCUGACUUGUGCUGUGGAAACUCAGCAGGCCAGGGGCAUGAGAAUACCACACUCAGUGAAGUGUCCGAAUGACUUGUUCACCACGUGUUCGCAGAACGUACCUGCCAAUAAUCUGUGGGUUGUCUUCUUGCAAGGAUACUGUGGCCAGCCUUUGCAGUGGUGUCCUCUCCCAGGUAAGAAGCAGCAGGACCAGAGGUCAUAGCCUCAGGCUGGACAUUAGGAAGAAUUUCUUCACGGAAAGGAUGCAUUUUUAAAUGAUUUCUGGUGAAAGGUUUGUCUGUGUCCAGAGUGCCCAUUAAAAAAAAUUAAAAAUAAAAAUAAAAAUUACCCCCAAAAAGGAGAAGUUAUUUUGUAUCUGGAAAUAAACUAAUACAGAUGCUUCUAAUUUA